AUGUCAUUGUCACUCAUUGCUAGAAGAUACUUCUCCAGCAGUAAAUCUGCAUUAAAUACUCUUGUAUUUAUAGAAAGCAAUGCUUCAGGAGCUACUACCCCAGCUUCUUUGUCUGCAAUUACUGCUGCUACACAAUUAGGUAAGCCAGUUACUGCCUUGGUUGUGGGAAGUAAUGCCGAUUCAAUUGCCCCACAGGCCUCCAAAGCCGGUGUUUCAAAGGUUUUAGUUGCCAAAGAUGCCAAAUACGACCAUUAUUUGGCAGAAGAAGUUGCCCCAUUGGUGGAAAAUAUAAUUAAAGAAUCCGGAUACACCCAUUUCAUAACUCCUGCUUCAUCAGUAGGUAAAUCUGUGCUUCCUAGAGUAGCCGCAUCAUUAGAUGUUCAACCAAUUUCCGAUAUUGUCAAAAUCGUCAAUGAAAACACAUUUGUUCGUCCAAUCUAUGCUGGGAAUGCAUUAGCUACUGUCAAGUCUAAGGACAGUAUUAUUCUUGCUUCAGUUAGAGCUUCUGCGUUUGCUCCAGUUGCAACAUCCGGCUCUGCUGCUCCAAUUGAAGAAGUUUCCACCGUUGAUACCGACAACAGAACCGAAUUUGUUUCUGAAGAAUUAGUCAGCGACGGAUUCGACUUAUCGCUGUCGAAAAUAGUCGUUGCUGGUGGUCGUGGGUUAAAAAAUAAGGCAACCUUUGAUGAAUUAAUGAACCCAUUAGCAUCCAAAUUGAAAGCAGCAAUUGGUGCCCUGAGAGCCGCUGUUGAUUCUGGAUUCUGUGAUAACUCUUUGCAAAUUGGUCAAACUGGGAAAAUCAUCGCUCCUGAAUUAUACAUUGGUGUCGGUAUUUCUGGUGCCAUUCAACAUUUGGCUGGUAUGAAGGAUUCCAAAACCAUUGUUGCUAUUAACAAAGACCCAGAUGCCCCUAUUUUCAAUGUUGCUGAUAUUGGAUUGGUUGGUGAUCUUAAUGAAGUUAUUCCUGAAUUAACUAAGAAGUUGUAA